AUGAAUAAGGAUCUUGAUGCAAAAUCCAUGCAGCCCGAAGCAGGACCUGCGGAGUUUGAUGUGAGACCCAUGCAAACAGAGCUUGCACCACUAAAAGAGCUUGACAGAAAAAACCUUGAGCAAGACAAUGGAAACUUGUAUUCAGCCAAGUCGCUCAACGAGGCUGUAGUUGCCCAAAAAAGAAAAAGGAACGAUGAGUUGCAACACUCAGAGCUGGAUCCCAAGAUGAAAACGGAUCUUGAUGCAAAAUCCAUGCAGCCCGAAGCAAGAUCCAAACAACUUGACACCAGGGACAAGCAGCCUCAGUCAUGGUCUAUGGAUCUGGAAGCGAAAUCAAAGAUGUUGGAUGUAAAAUCCAAGAUGAUUGACGUGAGAUGCAAGAAGAUUAAAGCAAGAUCAGCAGAGUUUGACGUGAGAUCCAAGCAACUUGAUGCCAGACACUUGCAGUCUGAGGCAAGAUCUAUGGAGCUAGAAGCGAAAUCCAGGAGGCUUGAAACGAGAUCCAAGGAGCUUAAAGCUCUACAUGCGCAAAAUGAGUGUGAGAGGAUGCACCUUGCGCAAUACAAGAAAAAGUUACAUCGUAAGAUGCACACAGUUGAGUCUUUUAACCAGGCGUUGGUAACCCAGCAAAGAAAAGGAAAUGAUGAGUUGGAGCGUCUAAGGGAGCUAGUAGCACAGUUACAGAAUGAACUGGAAGCAAUGGAGUCGCUCAAUCGUGUUCUACUAACCAAGGAAAUAGGCAGCAACAAUGAGUUGCAAGUUGCCCGGAAAAGGCUAAAAGAUGGGCUGCAGAAGUUUACAAAUGGACGGGCAAAUAUAGGGGUCAAGAGAAUGGGCGAGCUUGACAUGAAAGCAUUUGCGAAUGCUUGCAAACAAGAUGUAUCACAAGAAGAUGCCCAAGUUGAUUCUGUUUUUCUUUGUUCAAAGUGGCAAGCUGAAAUUACAAACUCAAAGUGGCACCCUUUUAAGAUCGUCAUGGUUGAUGGUAAAGAGAUGGAAAUUCUCUUAGAGGAUGAUGACAAGCUGCAGAAGUUGAAGGAGGAACAUGGUGAAGAAAUAUGCACUUUGGUAACGAAUGCACUGCUUGAAAUCAAUGAGUACAACCCCAGUGGCCGUUAUGUUGUACCAGAGCUGUGGAACUAUAAGGAUGGCCGGAAAGCAACACUGGAAGAAGGCAUCGAGUUCAUCCUGAAACAGUGGCAAUCACAUAAGAGGAAGCGGUGA